GUGUGAGGGCUGGGGACAGUGGCAGUGACAGGCUGUGUGAGGGGACAGGAACAGGGACAGGGACAGGCCGUGUGAGGGCAGGGAGAGGCAGAGAGGCCUCGUGGGCUCUGAGCUGGCAGGGGGCAGCUGUGGGCUCGUCCUGCCCCAGGCCCCGCAGCAGGGCCGGGGAUGUCCCACAGGGAAUGUCACUGCUGUGGUGGGACAGGGGCACAGCCGGGCCAGCAGCGGGACAAGGGACAGGCCAGGUGUCCCCUGUGUGCUCCUCAGCACAGUGCUGGGCUGGGGGAGCAAACAGCCCUGCUGGGUUUGAUGGGGCACUGGCAGAGUGGCCUGGGUGCUUUGUCCUGCUGGCUCCCUGCUUCAAUCCCUGGGAAAUCCUGCUGGGAUCUCCCUGCCCUCGGCACACAGGGUGGAACUGGAUGAUCUUCAAGGUCCCCUUCCACCCCAAACCAUUCUGUGAUUCACUCCUCUGCCUCUGGAGAUCAUCUCAAAAAUAAUUUCCCUGAAUCAUGUCUCAGAAGAACAAUUGCAGCUCCUUGCAGGCGGAUGUUUGUGCUGUUUCUCCAUUCCUGAGGCUUUGUUCUGUGUGUGUACAAACACAGCAGAAUGUGUUUGCUGUGUGACUGUUCAGGAUGUGCCCCCAAGGUGUUGAGUGGCACUGGAAUUUCAUUAGCAUGCCAUUCAUGGUGUCAUUCUCCUGAAGGGUCUCUUCUUCUCCUGGGAGGCUCAGGGCACAGGGGAUGGAAAUGUUUUCCAUGCUGGUUUCAGUGAUAUUUGUGGGUGACAUUAAUUUGUGGUGCAUUAGAGGGAAGGCCUGGGAUGGGAUUACUUUCAGAUAUUGAGGAUCUUUUGCUUGCUCAGUUUAAUCAGGUCCAGCUCUAAAAAUAGGAAAAUAACUGGGAAUUGGUGGCCCUGUCAGCUCACACAUGGCAGUGGGGUGUGAGGGAUCACUGUUGGCAUCCCCUGCACAGCCAGGCAGGAGGAAGGAUGAGCUGAUCCCAGUUCUCCCAGUUCCCAUGGCCUGUUUAACCCUGGGCAAGCAGCUGUGGAACUUUUCCAUCAGCUGGAAAUUGUUUCCAUGAUGAUUUUGGUGUUCUCCUUUAACCCAGCAGCUGGAAAUGUUUUCCAUGCUGGUUUCAGUGUUUUCUUUUCACCCAUCAGCUGGAAAUGUUUUCCAUGCUGGUUUCAGUGUUCUCCCUUCACCCAUCAGCUGCAGCAGCACACUGGGUUUCCCUGGAACCAGUCUCAAGUCAGGGUCCUGCCCCUCUUCCCAGACCUUUCCCAGUGCUGCUUCCAGUUUGGGAAUCCCAGCAGGGGAAGGAUGUGGAGCUCCUGGGGAGAGUCCAUGGGAUCAGAGGGGUGGAACAGCUCUCCUGGGUAGAAAGGCUGGGAGGUUUGGGGUUGUUUACCUGGGGAGGGGAAGGUUUGGGGUGACCUCAUUGUGACUUUCCAGUGCUUGUAGGGAGACAGAUGGGGAGGGACUUCCCAAGGGACUGGAGUGACAGGACAAGGGGGAAUGGCUUCAAAGUGUCAGGGAGUGGCUUUAGGGUGGAUAUUGGGGUGAAAUUCCUCCUUGUGAGGGUGGCAGGCCCUGGCACAGGUGCCCAGAGCAGCUGUGGCUGCCCCUGCAUCCCUGGCAGUGUCCAAGGCCAGGCUGGAUGGGGCUUGGAGCAGCCUGGGACAGUGGAAGGUGUUGGAAUGGGGGAAUGAGAUGAUUUUUAAGGUCCCUUCCAACCCAAACCUGGGAUUCUGGGAUUCAGAAUUCUGGGAUUCUCUGUCCUUCCUCACUGGGGCCACAGCCCUGCAGCAGAGCACUUCAACAUCACAACAAAGGCUCUUUGUUGCCACCUCUCAAAGCCCAAGUGCCUCGUUUGCACUCUGUGCUGUCAUUUAGAAAACCCAGAGUUAUUUUGAGCCCUGAGUUGUCCCCGGUGCUGUCAGCAGGGCCAGACUCAGAAACGUGCACCUUGCAGGUCACCCUGUCCUGCCCUGGUGCUGCCAGCAUUCCCUUGGAACCCGUCAUUCCCUCUGCACAUCCUGCUGCUCCUUGCUCCCAGCAAUUGUUGGGAUUCAGAGAAGCCCCAGGAGUGAGAGAUGAUUAUAGGGAAUGUGGAAUCCCAUGGGAGGGGAGCUGGGAGAGGUCACUGCCCGCCCCACAACAUUUUUGUCAUCUCACAGUGGCACAGUGCUUUUCAAAAGUAGAGCUUGAGGAAGAAAAUGUUGGGGAUUCAAAGCUGUUGGAUAUAAAUGUAAAUGCCAGUAGUUUUUCUUCUCAGUUCUGGAUUGCUCUCACACUGGAGCUGAACCCAGCAUUUUUUGCCUCUGAGAAGUCCAAGAAGGGAGCAUGGACCAGCCCAGUGGAAGGAGUUUCAUGCAAGUUCUGUGUGAGAAAUACAGCCCUGAGAACUUCCCCUACCGCCGUGGGCCUGGCAUGGGGGUGCACGUCCCAGCCACUCCACAGGGCUCACCUAUGAAAGACCGCCUGAACCUGCCCAGUGUGCUGGUGCUCAACAGCUGUGGCAUCACCUGUGCCGGGGACGAGAACGAGAUCGCCGCCUUCUGCGCCCACGUCUUCGAGCUCGACCUCUCUGACAACAAACUGGAAGACUGGCACGAGCAGCUGAGCAAUAUAUGUGAUGCAAUUAAUCCAGUGUGGCACUUCACUCCUGUACCUCGUGACUUACAGUCUUGGCCCGUGGGUGAAAAAAUCUGUGUUUUUAUUUUAUUUCAUCAUGCAAAGCGCUGCAACUGGCAUUUCUGGCACCAAGAAGAGAGAAGUUGCGCUGGGUCUUUCGCUGGCGUCCGCAAACUUGUGCUCAACAACAGCAAAGCUUCCUGGGAAACAGUGCACACCAUCCUGCAGGAACUGCCUGACUUGGAGGAACUCUUCCUGUGCCUUAAUGACUACGAAACAGUGUCUUGUUCUCCAGUUUGCUGUCAGUCUCUCAAGCUACUCCACAUAACUGACAACAAUCUUCAAGACUGGACUGAAAUUCGAAAGUUGGGAAUUAUGUUUCCAUCACUGGACACACUUAUCCUGGCUAACAACAACCUCACCACCAUUGAAGAGUCAGAAGAUUCCCUGGCAAGGCUCUUCCCCAACCUAAGAUCCAUCAACUUGCACAAGUCAGGGCUGCAUUGCUGGGAAGACAUUGACAAGUUAAAUUCUUUCCCGAAGCUCGAGGAAGUGAAAUUGCUGGGAAUUCCUCUGCUGCAGUCUUACACCACCGAGGAACGCAGGAAGCUGCUAAUAGCCAGGUUGCCAUCCAUCACCAAGCUCAACGGCAGCAUCGUGGCCGACGGCGAGCGCGAGGACUCGGAGCGCUUCUUCAUCCGCUAUUACAUGGAGCUCCCCGAGGAGGAGGUCCCCUUCAGGUAUCACGAGCUGGUAACCAAGUAUGGGAAGCUGGAGCCCUUGGCAGUGGUGGACCUGCGGCCUCAGAGCAGCGCCAAGGUGGAGGUUCACUUCCAGGACAAGGUGGAGGAGAUGUCCAUCCGCCUUGACCAGACUGUGGCAGAGCUGAAGAAGCACUUAAAAACUGUGGUGCAGCUGUCAACAAGCAACAUGCUGCUCUUCUACUUGGACCAGGAAGCUCCUUUUGGUCCUGAGGAGAUGAAAUACAGCUCGCGGGCGCUGCAUUCCUACGGCAUCCGGGAUGGGGAUAAAAUUUACGUGGAGCCCAGAAUGAAAUAGCCUUUUUGCCCACACCCACACGCCCCCACACACCCACACACAUGCAUUGAGGAGUUUGUUGCAAGGUUUUUAUUUCGGUUGGUUGGUUGAGGUUUGGUUGUGUUUCUGUAGCAGGUAAUUUCUUAGCCCGGAGGAAGUGCCCUGAUGUGAGAACCAUGCCCACCAUCCACUGCAGGUGACCUUGAGGUGACAGUUGACUUCAGGACGUGUGUUUCAGUGUGGGCAAUACCUUGAUGUUUCCUUUGAUGCUCCGGUAUACUCGUGAUUUGGCAUGAAUGGUCAGUUGUUCAAGCUAAACAAUGCCAGGGUCCAUAAGGGAGGAGACAGCUCGGUGCAGAAUUUGACCUGUUGUUUUCUUUUCCUGAAUUUUUUGGUGUUUUGCUCCACCAGAUCUCCCUUUGGCCUAGCUAUCCAACUGUGGCUCGAGCUUGCUGUAGUAUUUUCUUGCAGCUUGGUGCUGUCUCAACCUUUUGUUGUGCUCGAGUUCACAGGAAAAAUUUCCAUCAGUAUUCUGCUUGAUUCAGAGCUCAGGUACUUUAGUGCAUCCACUUCACUCCACUGGUUUGCUUUCUGUGAGUGCACAACAUGGGGGAAAGAAAAAGAACUUCCCAGAAAGAAACUUUCUUUUCAAAGUGCACGCUCUGUAUCCACCUGAUUUUGGGGGGAAAAAAGACGUUUUGGCUGCUGUACCCAUCUCACAUGGUGCCUGCAGCCUGUGGGGAUAAAGGAUGUGUUGGAAAGUGAAUUUUGGGAGGUGGUGGAUGAGCGCUGCAUUGGAAGGGCUUUCAGAACAACAGGUCAACAAGGGGUUAAAGAGCAGCUUCCCCUGUUGUCCAUCCUGAUGCUGAAGAGAUCCUCCGUGCACUUCACCUUGUACCAGUGGGUGCUGCAAGUGGAAUGGCUAAAAUCCCUCUCCUGGGAGAGAGGAAGAGUCAAGUUGAAGUUUGUGUUUGUUGCUGUUGCACCAGUUCAAACCUAGCACUUUGCCCGGGGCCCCUGGCCGGGGGUCCCUGCGUAGGGUCCGGACUCGGAGGAGGUCUUGGCUUGGAUCAGCCUCUGGAGGUGGAGGAACAAAGCAGCUGGACCCACGCUGGGUGUUCAGCAGAGCCCACGUUUGGGUGCUCAGCAGGACCCAUGUUGGAUGUUCAGCUGGACCCAUGUUGGGUGUUCAGCAGGGUUCAUUCCAACAAAGCUGCUGGACUCACAUUGGGUGUUCAGCAGAGCCCAACAUUGGGUGCUCAGCAGGACCCACUUUGGAUGCCCAGCAGGUUUCACUCAAAGAAAGCAGCUGGACCCACGUUGGGUGCUCAGCUGGACCCACGUUGAGUGCUCAGCAGACCCACGUUGGGUGCUCAGCUGGACCCAUGUUGGGUGCUCAGCAGGACCCACUUUGGAUGUCCAGCAGGUUUCAUUCGAAAGCAGCAGGACCCACGUUGGGUGCUCAGCUGGACCCACGUUGGGUGCCCAGCAGGACCCACGUUGGGUGCCCAGCAGGACCCACGUUGGAUGUCCAGCAGGUUUCACUCAAAGAAAGCAGCAGGACCCACGUUGGAUGCCCAGCAGGUUUCACUCAAAGAAAGCAGCUGGACCCACGUUGGGUGCCCAGCAGGACCCACGUUGGACGCCCAGCAGGUUUCUCUCUCUCUCUCCCUCCCUCUCUCUCGGCUUCCCCCACGCGCCCCUCGCAGGCAUCGCGUGCUGCUGCUUCACGUAGUCCCCGUUUUCUACUGCAGAGCAGAUCCCCCUGCCUGGUCAGUGAAAUCCUCCUCCUUCUUUCCUCUCUUGUUUCGCUUUCCUGUGUCUUGCCUGCUCCAAGUUCAAGAGUUUCCCAAUUUCCUGGUUACAAGCAGCUGCUCAGCAGUUUUUGGAGCUGUGCAGUGAGGGCUCUAGUUACACAUGAACUCCUGACCUUCAUUUUGAAAUGCUCCCUUUAUCCCCACGUGCACUUUCUUUCCCAGGAUGCUUUUUCCCACAUCACUGAGCUCCUUUGGUAUUCUUGGAGUUGUGUAUUUCUCUUCACAUUUUACCUGGAUUGUGGGGUGGGAUCAUUGGGGAGGGGACUAAGUAUUAUUAUCUCAUAGUCUUCAGGUUUAGGAUUUGGGGAUUGUUCAGAGGGGAUCAGUUCCUUAUCCAAAGCAAGGGUUAAAAUGGGAGGAUUUAAAACAAGUUACUAAAAUUUGUGCCUCAUCCCCCUGCCAAAAAUAGCAAUUUCUUGGCCCCAUUGAGAUGAGCAAUAGGGAAGGGAGUGAGAUUUUCCACAGGUAGCAUAGAUUUUCAUAGAUCCGUGGUACCUGUAAACUAAACAGCAGGGAGAUAGUGGCAGUAUAACAUAAAAUGAUGCUUUUAUAAUCUAGAGCUUUACUGAAGAUGUAUUUUCCAUUUGGGCAGCGAAAAUAAUUUGCUGCCUGAUAGCAGAACCCUUAAGCCAACACUUCUGUAUGAUAUAUACAUACCUACCAAUAGGAAAAGUUGUGGUUAAUAAGAUAUUUUGUUAUAAAGCAAAGUUUUAUGAAGAUAUGGUUGUUUAAUAUUAGAAACCUAUUUCAGCCCUUGACCUCCAGUGUGAGUAGGAUAUCCCUGAGUGGCUGCAGAGUCCGAGGCAAGCGACCUGUGGGGAUGCAAAAGUGUCUGUGACCCAAUUCUCCAGAGCAGUAAUUGCCUCUGUGGGUGUAUUUAUGGCAUUGUACCUGCUAUUAGUGAGAUGCUGUAACUCUUGACCAACUUCCUCAGCACAAUUAAGAGUCUGGGUUUCAGAGAAGGGAAUAAACAAAGGCCAUUAAAGAGUGGAAUGGGAUGAUAAAGAAGGGCCAAGUAGAUGCUUUUAAGUUUGUUUGCCCACUAAAAAUUGGGCUGUCCAUGGAGGGAUUGGUGCUGUCACCAGCUCAGAACUGGCAGUAAAUCCUGCUUUUAUUUGUGACAGACCUGGUGGGAAGAUGGGAAAAGAGAGCACAGAAGGUUGACAGGUGCUGGGGAUUUGGUGCUGACACCCAAACCUGCUCCCCUGGUCCCUUCAGGUAUGAAAUCACCACCCUGCUGCUUCUCCAGGGCAAGGUUUUCCUCAAGGCAUUCACCUUGUGUGCAGACAGUGGAGCAGUCGUGGGGUAGAAACCAAAAGUGUUGGUUGGCUUCCCAAGGAGAAGGGCUCACCCCAAAACCAGAGAGAGUUUGUGUGGGACCAAACAGCACCCAAGGAUGUGGCAAAAUACCCCAAAUCAUGGUGCCUUGUGGGGAAGGGUCUUGUGUGUGUGCCACCCAACAGGGGACCAUGUCUUGGGGAGAGGGGAGAAGGUUUGGGUGCUCAGUGAGGGUGCAGAUGUGGCAGGAGGUUUGAUUUAAACCAUGUCCAGGCAUUGCCAUGAUUUGGGCCAUGUCCAAGCAUUGCCAGAGCGUGCCCUCUUCAGCUAAAGGUCCCUGGGUCUGUCACAUCCACUUGAGAAAACAAAACAGAUGUGCAAGCUUCACUGGUUUGUGUGUCCUUCUGCCUGAGGGCUGCUUUUGUUGUGCUGUUCCUGCAUCAAAGUCUGCCAUGGGCAGCCUGCACAGCAGGCAGAGCACCUGCUCCACGAGGACUUGGGUGACAGCUGAAUACCAAAGUGUCCCACGGCUCUGUGUGCCAAGUUUGAGGCUGUGCUGUGUGGUUUUGGAGAUGUUCCUGUUCAAUAUCCAUAUUUCUGGCCAGAUGUUCCAGGCAGAUCGCUGUUAUGAACACGCACGGGGUGCUGGCUGUCCUCUGCUCGCUGGCUGGGGUUUGUCACCUGGUUUUUUGGGAGCUGCAGGCAGGCUGGUGGCAGGUGUGACCGUGGUGGCUUGGGGGCCGUGCUGCUGGCUCUCCUGCUCGGGUGUGCAGUCCAAUGGAGGCACCACAGCUCUGCCUCCUCUCUUGUCAGUGAGGUUCUGUAGGUUCUGUGCGAGAUCUGAGAAUGCAAACAAGGUGCUUAAAGCAGCCCAGAGGCUAAAAUCUGUAUUCCUGUGCCUCCCUGGUUUGGAUGUGGCAUUUUGUAGCAGCAGAGAGACGCCUUCCCCAGAGCAGCCUUAGAGGGGCUUCAGCCACCUCGGGCCUUUCCCUCUGUGAUUGCUUUUCUGCAGUUCCUGGAAACUUCAAAUAUAAUUUAAACACGAAGAUCUGUUCUUGCUCCCUGUUAAUGUUGCAUCCAUAUGUAAUUUCAAAGAAGAAGAACUGUAAGUCCAUCUGGUUUUUUAUUCUGGUUUCUCUCCCAGGGGAUACACCUCCCGCUCCCACAAUUUGCCUUUGGUUUGCUUGCAGACUUAGUGGUGGAAUUCAGGCCAAAAUAGGUCAUUGGUUUGGAUCAGUUCAAUAAACUUAUGUAAGUUUUUACACUAAAA